AUGCGGGACUACGACGAGGCGACGGCGUUCCUGGGCCAGUGGGGGCGCUUCCAGCGCCUCGUCUUCUUCCUGCUGAGCGCCAGCAUCAUCCCCAACGGCUUCAACGGGAUGUCCGUGGUGUUCCUGGCGGGGACCCCCGAGCACCGCUGCCGGGUGCCGGCCGCCGCCAACCUGAGCGCCGCGUGGCGCAACCACAGCGCCCCGCUGCAGCUGCGGGACGGCCGCUGGGUGCCCCACGCCUGCCGCCGCUACCGGCUCGCGGCGCUCGCCAACUUCUCGGCGCUCGGGCUGGAGCCCGGCCGCGACGUGGCCCUGGAGCGGCUGCCGCUCGAGGGCUGCCUGGACGGCUGGGACUUCAGCCGCGACGUCUACCUCGACACCAUCGUCACCGAGUGGAACCUGGUAUGCGAGGACGACUGGAAGGGCCCGUUCGCCAUCUCCUUGUUUUUCGGGGGUGUGCUUGUGGGCUCCUUCAUCUCGGGGCAGCUCUCAGACAGGUUUGGUCGGAAGAACGUGCUGUUUGUGACCAUGGGCAUGCAGACAGGCUUCAGCUUCCUACAGGUCUUCUCGAAAAACUUUGAGAUGUUUUCCGUGUUAUUUUUCCUCGUAGGCAUGGGCCAGAUCUCCAACUAUGUGGCAGCAUUUGUCCUGGGCACAGAAAUUCUUGGCAAGUCCGUUCGUCUUAUAUUCUCCACGCUAGGAGUGUGCAUAUUUUACGCAAUUGGUUUCAUGCUGCUGCCCCUGAUUGCUUACUUCAUCAGAGAGUGGCGGAUGCUGCUGCUGGCACUCACGCUGCCCGGGGUGCUGUGCGUGGUGCUCUGGUGGUUCAUCCCGGAGUCUCCCCGGUGGCUUCUAUCUCAGGGACGGUUUCAAGAGGCUGAGGUGAUCAUCCGCAAAGCUGCCAAAAUCAAUGGGAUUGUUGCACCCUCAGUUAUCUUUGACCCAAGUGAGCUACAAGAUCUGAAUGCCAGCAAGCCGCAGUCCCACAGUAUACUGGAUCUGCUCCAAACACGGAACAUCCGCGUGGUUACCAUCAUGUCCAUAAUUCUGUGGCUGACCAUAUCGGUGGGCUACUUUGGGCUGUCCCUUGAUACACCAAACCUGCAUGGAGAUGUUUAUGUGAACUGCCUACUGUCGGCCAUGGUGGAAGUCCCGGCCUAUGUGCUGUCCUGGCUGCUGCUGCGCCACCUGCCCCGGCGCUAUUCCAUGGCUGCAGCGCUCUUCCUGGGCGGCAGUGUGCUUCUCUUCGUGCAAUUGGUGCCCAAAGAUUUGUAUUAUUUGUCUACCGUGCUGGUGAUGGUGGGCAAGUUUGGAAUCACCGCUGCCUUUUCCAUGGUCUAUGUGUACACAGCCGAGCUAUACCCCACAGUGGUCAGAAACAUGGGCGUGGGGGUCAGCUCCACUGCCUCCCGCCUGGGCAGCAUUGUGUCCCCCUACUUUAUUUACCUUGGUGCCUAUGACCGCUUCCUGCCCUAUAUUCUCAUGGGAAGUCUGACCAUCCUGACAGCCAUCCUCACCUUGUUCCUCCCAGAGAGCUUCGGCAUGCCACUCCCAGACACCAUCGACCAGAUGCUACGGGUCAAAGGAAUAAAAUACAGACAAGCUCCAAGCCAGCCCAAAAUGCUAAAAGAUGGCGAGGAAAACCCCACGGUCCUGACUAGCACAGCCUUGUAGCAAGUGAGAAGGAAAGAGUAGAAGGCACAGCUGGUGCAGAUACCUUCGUCAGUGGCAACAGUCUCUGUCACCUGUUCUGUGGACCUGGGAUGUGACUCUUUGGGGAAUAGACAGCUCAUCUCAGAGGCUGGCCAUGGACCUAGAGUACUGUUUACCAUCCAAGGACACUGUG